AAUCUAAUAAGCUGGUGCCUUAACACACACACACACACACACACAGGGACGGAGCAGAAAGACAGACAGUCACCCACUUAGCUCGGAUCUCAACACAGUACACAGCUGGGAGACAGACAGAGAGAGGGAGAUAGUCAGAGAGAGAGAGAGAGAGAGAGAUCACCAGCGAUGCACCCUCUCCCAUUCCUUUAUGUCCUUCUCAUGUCUGGCGCUGGACGUUUGCACGCUGAAGGCAGCCUGUGCCAGAGUGACCACGACGAGGACAGCAAGCCCAGGAUUAACUGCAGCGGCGCUGGGCUGACCUCAGUCCCAGGGACCCUCCAUACCCAUACGGAAGUUCUCCUCCUCCAAUCCAACAGCUUCACCUCAGUCACCUGGGGCUCCUUCAUAGUCUUUCCCUUGCUCUCCAAACUAGACCUCUCCCAUAACCAGGUCAGCAUCCUGGAGAGAGGCAGCCCGGCUGGUCUGGGAGACGUGGACGGUAAAUCCUGGAGCUUGGGGCACCUCCACAACCUCUCCCUGGCCCACAACCUGCUGUCCGCCUUACCUGAAGGCAUCUUCCAGGCUUUGAGGAACCUCAAGGAGCUGUAUCUCCAAGGGAACCAGCUGCAGCGGCUUCCUGGAGGGGUCUUCUCAGAGUUGAGAGACCUGGAGGUUUUGGAUCUGUCUCACAACGGGCUCCGUGCCCUCCCUGGGACCCUGAUCCAUGAGCUCACCAAGUUGAAGACCUUCUACCUGCACGACAACUCCCUGGUCUCCAUCCCGGAUGGCUUCUUCUCGGAGGCAGAGAUCCCGUACGUGUACCUGUCCAGCAACCCCUGGGUCUGUGACUGCAAUUUGGAGUACUUCCGGGAGUGGAUUGAGCAGCAGAGCCACAAUGUGUACAUCAGGGAUAGAGGGGAGAUCCAGAACUACCCAGAGAGCGUGCUGUGCGUGGCUCCCAGCCCCCGCCAUGGCCAGGAGGUACUGGACCUGUCAAGGGAGGACCUCUGCCCAACAGGGACCGAUAUCGCCAUUGUAGUAACUGACCAAGAACCUGCCCCAGCUACCACGCCUGCCAAAACAACUGCCCCAGCGAUAGCUAGCACCCCAGCGCAGCCGCCCACUUCGACUGCAGUGUUUAUCAGGCACACUACCCCUCGCUCUCCCUCCCCAACUUCCCCUCCCUCUCCCUCCACAUCUCCCCCUCCCUCCACCUCCCCAUCUCCCGUGUCCAGAGGGGGAGGGAGAGGAGCUGAGGUGAGGGGGAAUCCAGAAAUCUGGUCCCCCCCUGGUCGUCACCACAAGCGUUCCGGCUCCCGGGCGACAGACGAGCCCGACUUCCUGUUCUGCCUCGGCUUCUUCCUCCUCUACCUGAUCUCCUCUCUCCUCCUCCUGGCCUCCCUCUGUUUUCUGCUCUGGGUCACCUGCCUCUAUAUCAGGGUCUACAGGUUGCUCACGACUCGACUCAGAAAGCCGCCCAACAUCCGCCUGGUUCGGUACAGCCUGCUGGUGAGGGAGGGAGCGCCAGAUCUGGCUUCGGGGUCACUCCUGGAAGAGGGGGAGCUGCAGGGAAUUCCUCCUCCUGUUCCAGCUGACGACGUGCUGGGGAGCCUGAAGAGUGCACUAGUGGCCCCUUUUCCCGGCCCCACCUCCCUCUCCUGA